AUGACAAAUUUGAGGUAGCCAAAGCUUUGGUUUUAGUUUAGCACAAUCCUUGGCUUAACAUACAUUGCCAAUCCAUCAUGGACUUACCCAGGAAGAUCAGAAUAACAUCGUCACGUCAUUGUUAGUUAUUUGCUGUAACAUCUCUUUAUUAUCUGAUCGAUUUCAAUAUGAUGGCGUCAUCAGUGAAGGUGAAGAGUUUGAAAAGUUUGCAGUUAUGAGAAGGAAUGGUUGUAUUUCAACAGACAACGACACCAAUUGACGCGUCAGCUUUAAUAUUCAUCAGUGAGGGGCAGAUGGGUGAACGUUAUCGUUUAUUAUGACAAGAAAGGAAAGUGUACUGAGAAAAACAAUCAUAGAUUUCAUGCAUUCUAAGGCAUCUUAAAAAACAGUACAUAAACAAGCCGGAUAACCUAUAAAAAGUUUACUAAUCAUCUGUGCUUGAUUUCAUGUCUUAUCGUGAUCAUUGACCUCGAACAUGGAACCAAUUAAGAAGUUAGGCCCGUCGCCAUCGAACUCUGGAACAUCAAAGAGUAAUCGUACUUUCAGUUUACCAAAUCAAGAGGAACAUCUAUCUACAAGGUGGUAUACACGAGCUCAGAGCCUUACUGAUUCAUCUUCUCCAUGUUCGAUUGGUCAAGUCAAGUGCUAUCCAUCCAGAGAUGAGACCCUCUUCAUCAAAGAAAACUUCUUCAUGAGAGAAUGUGUCAAGUUCUGCCCUUCAGAAAAUGACGCUACCAAAUGUAAAUGUGGUCGACUUGAGGAAGGUCACCUUGAUGAGAAUAUUGGAAUUGAGAAUGGAUGUGAGUCGACAUGGAGUCCAGAAACUCAUACCAAGAAAUCACAAACAAACUCAUUUGGAGAACUGGAAUUUCAAGGUCCAUGGACCUCUACACGUGCUAAGUACGUUCGAUUGUCACACGACACACCAGCUGAGAAGGUAUUAAGUCUCCUCACUGAGAUGUGGGGUCUCAAGAAACCAAAGCUUCUUAUUGAGGUAACAGGUGGCGCCAAAGACUUCGUCCUACAACCUAAACUAAAACGGAUCUUCAGUAAAGGUAUCAUCAGGGUAGCUGUGUCUACGGAUGCUUGGAUUCUCACUGGUGGUACUAAUACUGGUGUAAUGCGUCACGUUGGAAUGGCCGUCCGUGAACAUUCGCUACGAUCACGACAGAAGAUCAACGCCAUCGGCGUCGUACCUUGGGGCAUCGUCGACAAUCGUGAAGACCUCAUCGAAAAACGUCAAGAUGUCACCACACCACGGAUCAAGCAUUAUCGAUUGACUAGUUCUGAUCGAGCAUCAGGUGCAUCCUUAGAUCCUAACCAUACACAUUUCAUUCUGGUUGAUGAUGGCUCAGUGGGAAAGUUUGGUGUCGAGAUCUCACUGCGAUCAAAACUUGAGAAACUCAUCUCUAGCAAGAAAAUAGAUGCCAAUAGUGAUCGUCCAGUUCCAGCAGUCUGUGUGUGUCUUGAAGGAGGUGUAAACACUAUCAAGGUAGUUCUUGAGAAUGUCACCCAUGAUCCACCUAUACCUGUGGUCAUCGCUGAUGGGAGUGGUCGGGCUGCUGAUCUCAUCGCGUAUGCUUACAGAAACAGCUCUCCAAAAUCAGGACAAAUAUCAUAUGAAGCUCAGGAGCAGUUAAAGAAAAGGAUUUCAGCGGCAUUUCCUCGAGAGAAGAACGUUCAUAGUUUCCUACUCAAACAACUCCUGGAAGUAAUCAAGCAGAAACCACUGAUAACUAUAUUCAGCAUGGAAUCGGACAACAAUAUUGACAUCGAUUCAGCAAUCCUAUCCGCUCUUCUGAAAGCGAGCAAUCUCUCGGCUCCUGAACAGCUAAAGCUAUCACUGAUCUGGAAUCGAGUUGACUUUGCUAAAGAGCACAUCUUCACAGAUGUUUCACGUUGGGAGGAAUCGGCUCUUGAGGAGGCCAUGGAGAUCGCUCUGAAGAAGAACCGUGUCAAGUUUGUCAAACUCCUCCUAGAACAUGGGCUCUUCAUGCAGAAAUUCCUUACCAAAGAACGAUUGGAAUCGUUAUAUAACACAUUGGAAAGUGACCCAUUUCCAUCUCUGUCAUCAUUGUCACGGUACGCCAACAUCAAUAGUGGAAUGAUUCGACUCCGUCAAAUGCAGAAACAUGAGAGUAAAGUGUCUCUACUUGAGAUUGGUAUCAUCAUUGAGCAUCUUCUUGGCAAAGGGUUCGAAUCUGAGUACACCCGACAUAGCACCCAUAACACUGCCGUCUGUGUCAGCUUGGGUGAGCAUACAUGCUGCGAGGGCGAACCGGCAUCUGCUCAUCUACACCAUGAUAACCCCUUCCCUUACAACGACCUCUUCAUUUGGGCUAUUCUUACAAAGAAAUAUGAGAUGGCGUAUCUAAUGUGGCAGCUAGGUCAGGAAUCCUUACCCAAGGCUUUGAUUGGAUUCAGGCUCAAUUAUUCCAUGUCCCGCUUUGCUCGAUCGCAAUACAACACGGACGCGGCGGACCAGCUCACAGAACAAUCUAGGUUAUAUGAGCAGCUUGCAGUGACUCUCCUCACCCAGUGUUUCGAGGAGGAUGCAAGCUGCACUCGUCUCCUUCUCUGUGCCGAAUUAUCUAACUGGAGUCACAUGACAUGUUUAUCAUUAGCAGCUAACUUUAAACAUUCUCGUUUCAUCGCCCAUCCAUCCAUUCAACUACUACUUAAUGACCACUGGUAUGGUCAACUAAAAACAAUCCCUGGUCUUAAGGAGUUCUUCCAAUGGUUACUGUGUACGAAUGAUGACGUAGAUGAUGACGUAGGACAGGGGGAGUACAUGGUGACGUCAAGACGAAAUACUCAGUUUGGUAGCAACGCGGAAACGAACAUGAUGAAUGCAGACAGCGCCUCCAUGAAAGUGGCGUAUGAGCCACGCCCUAGUGUGUUACGAUUUCCAGCAGUCAUCGAGGAUCGAUCAAUGGGCGUGGUCAAUCCACAAGAUAAGACUGGUAGAAGGAAUACCUUUCAGGUUGACCAGGAGGGCCGAGAGUCUUACUUUCAGAAGGUUCGAAUCAUCUUCACGGCUCCUAUCGUCAAGUUCUGGAUCAAUGCGAUGUUUUAUUUUCUGUUCCUGAUAGCAUUUAGUUACGUGGUAUUAAUGGAGCUCCAUCCUAAGGUUGGAUUGGUAGAACUGAUUGUCUCUAUCACUGUCUUUAGUUUAGCUACUGAGGAGAUACGACAGUUAGUAAUGCAAGGAGACAGUGGUAUACUUACCUUCCAGCAACAAGUUCAGAUGUGGGCUUCGGAUAGAUGGAAUCUAUGGGACCUGGUUGGCAUAUUGACAUUCGCCUUAGGGUUUUGUAUCAGACUAUGGGAAGGUGGUUUGACUACUGGUCGGAUGCUGUACAUCUUAGACAUCUUAGUCUGGUAUGUCAGAGUUCUUGAUAUCCUCAGUGUCAACAAGCUAAUGGGACCCUAUGUUAACAUGAUUGGAAAGAUGAUGAGUGAUACAGCCAAGUUCAUUGUCAUUCUCUUCGUGUUCUUGGUGAGUUACGGUGUUGCAAGCAAUGCCCUGAUGAGUCCUAUGAAGGUAUGGGAUUGGAAUGUUCUUCGUGAUAUCAUCUAUAUUCCAUACUGGCAAAUAUAUGGAGAACUAUUCAUCGACGAACAAGAUAAUUUCGUCACAAACUGUUCUUUAUUUCCCAAGCCUGACAUGGAGUUGUGUGAUCCUGGAAUAGUCUUAGAGAGGAUGAUAAUGGGCAUGUACCUUCUCAUUGCUAAUGUCCUACUCAUUAAUAUGCUCAUUGCUAUCUUCAACAACACUUUUCAAAGAGUCCAAGAGAAUGCAAACGAGAUUUGGAAGUUUCAACGAUAUCGUUUGAUCACGGAAUUCAGUGAGAGGCCAUUUCUUCCACCUCCUUUCAUACUCGUUGUCCAUAUCUAUCUCCUACUCAAACGAGUUAUGACAUCAUGCUAUCGACAUCGAAAGACAAAACCUCCUUCAGAUAUGAAAAUCCACAUGGAUGAACAGUCGCUGCAGCUUUUGUACAGAUUUGAAGAAGACAUUGUUGAAAAUCAUUUGCGAGAGAACACACUAACAGAGCAACAAUCGAUAGGAGGAACCAUUGAACAUAUCAGUGAAAGAGUGGAUGCUUUCACCUUGCAAAUAGAACAGAUGUGUCGCCAUGACAACGAAUCAAAACGAAAACUGGAUGUACUAACUGAAAGAAUGACUAACUUAGAGAAGGCUAUUGAGGGAUUCAUAACACAUCACAAUUAACUCUCUAGCGCCAUCUACUGUUCUCAGUUUAGCCAAUCCUAACGUCUUGACCAAAAUUUCAUUACUUGUCCGUGCCACGGAUUUUUAAGGCUGAAUGUGUUUUCUUACAAACGAGAUGGAAAAUGAGGAUUUACUGCAAUCAUCUGGAAUCAAAAUAUGGAAUAAAAAAUGAGGAGGAAAAGUGGAAGAACUUUACAUACAAAAUAGGAUUCCUUUUUAACUUGCCAAAGUCAAUCGUAUAACGCUAUUUUACCAUGUUUACCAAGAUCGGGUUAAAAUUCACCUAUCCAAUUUUGAUUGUUCCGUUAAUACCUUACGUUUCUGCGACAAAAUACACGUUUAUGAAUAAAACAAUUUUAUUUUUCUUUAAAGUAAGGAAUAUCCACCAACCCCUCCACGUUCCACACAGCUUCAAUGUAUUCUAAUGUUUGAAAGCAAUGGUAGCCCCCAUGCUUUACGAGGAUUUUUUUUGGGGGUAGGGCUUUUAUUUUAUGUGGGCCUAUAUUCAUGGAGGUUUAGAACCAUUUUUAUGUUUGAGGGCAUUUUGGGGGGUAGGGGUCAAGGAAGACUACAUUUUGUAAAGUUAUUAGGAGAGACUCGGCCUCAAGUCGCCACAGCCAUCAACUUCAUUUCACAUGAACUAAAUUAUGCCCUUUAGUAUGUUUUGGAAUGAAAGUUAUAUUCUUCAUGCUAUGUGGAAUUUUAAAGAUUAAUGUCAUUGUAACGUGUAACAAUAAUUAGUUUUGUGUUUUAUUGAUUUUUCUUUAUAAGAGUUCAGUGCCUUAAAACACAUUUUGCUCAGGUAAAUUUAACAUUAGGUCGAAUUCCAUUAAUUUUUACUCGAAUCGUUGAAAUCUUCUAUAGGGUAACCAAUUUUAAUAGACCAUGAUGUUUACAGACAUGAUCGAUUGUAGUAUUUUAAAUAUCAACCAAGUAAUAUGCUACAACGGUCACGUGUCAAAAUAAAUUGCAAACCAAGUCAGAGUUGAGAUUAAUAGACCCUAGAAAAAAAUAACUGGCGUACAGAUGAGGGGCCUUGGGGGCAUGCCCCCCCCCCCCCCCCCCCCAGCCAAAGGGUUCCACGACCAAGAAAAACACAGGAAAAAAUAAAGAGGAAAAAGAGAAAGGAAGGGAAAGAUAAAGUGUCAAAAUUAUAUAUUUGUGAAUAGUAUGUCAAAUCCAUCGCAAAAUUAGAUUUUCAUUUCAGAAAGCGGGUGAGGGUUGCUUGCUUGCUUACUUCGUUCGCUCGGGAUUUAUCAUGAAUGUCACCACGUGUGUCAUGUUAGGCCCUAAUUUUGGGGCCUCAUUACGCCACUGAAAUAUGAAAAUGAUCUAGUGAUUAAUAAGAUGCUGCCUUAAUCGUAUUAUCUUGAUAAUGGUCUUCAAUCGAACUAUUAUUUUAUUUAGCGGUGUGCUAUUUAAAGUCAUGUUUUUAAAUCAGAUCAUUAAUGAUAAUGUGUGUAAUAAUUUUCAUUUAUAUACUGAGCAUAAGCUCUAGGUUCCAUUCUCCAACAAAUUAACAUAUUGUUAAAAUAAAAUGUUUACUACUCAGGUGGAUGCACGAUCUCUAAAUUUCAUUUUAAACGACGGCAUAUCUGAAAUAUAUAUUUUUUCAAGAGAAACAGAAAUAAGAAAAACAUUCUAAGAUGUAAUAUCAAGCUUUCACCACUCUGGUGAUUUAUUUACACGUUUACAAACAGGGUACUGCAUGUACAUAAUACCAUGAAAGAUUCUCACAAAAUGAAUAUUAAAAAAAUCAAUUUUGAAAGUAUUCUACUAACGAGCCUUUUUAACCAAAUUGAUUGCUCCUCCUCUUCCAUAUUUAAAUAGGUAAACGACUCAUUAACGAAUAUAGAAUUAUAAACCCAGCACACAAACAUAUAUUAAAAAUUGCACCUGUUUGCAUUAAAGCAAUGAAAGACAAACAAAAGGCACAAAAAGAGAGUUCAGACAAUAAACCCUGCGAUAAGCAACAUCACAUAGUUAACGAUUUGUGCAAUGUUUUUGAGAUUUAGAUCUACUU